UCGGAGGGACCAUGUUCGACUGCCUGGACUCAGCGGCGGCACCGCGGCGGCUCCACGAUGUGACCAACCGGGGGGGCUGCGCGCUGCGCAGAGUCCUGGUGCCUGCGAGCUGCGGGACCCCCUCCCGCAGAGCCCUGGAGGCCCCUCCCGGGCGGGUUUUGGGGGACACGGGCCCCCCCUCACCGCCACCUCCCCCCCGCGUGUACAAACCGUGCUUCGUGUGCAGCGACAAGAGCUCGGGGUAUCACUACGGGGUCAGCUCAUGCGAGGGCUGCAAGGGGUUUUUCCGGCGCAGCAUCCAGAAGAACAUGGUGUACACGUGUCCCCGGGAGCGGAACUGCCCCAUCGACAAAGUGACGCGGAACCGUUGCCAGUUCUGCCGCCUGCAGAAGUGCCUCCGGGUUGGGAUGUCCAAGGAAGCUGUGAGGAACGACCAGAGCAAGCGGAGGAAGGAGGUGAAGGAGGAUUUGGGGGGAGACGAGCUGAGCCCUGAGUUGGCCGAGCUGGUGCGGAGGGUGAGCAGAGCCCACCAGGAGACCUUCCCCUCUCUGUGCCAGCUGGGCAAGUACACCACGAACUCGAGUGCAGACCACCGCGUGCAGCUGGACCUGGGGCUGUGGGACAAGUUCAGCGAACUGGCCACGAAGUGCAUCAUCAAGAUCGUGGAGUUUGCGAAGCGGAUCCCCGGGUUCACAGGGCUCAGCAUGGCUGACCAGAUCACCCUGCUCAAGGCUGCCUGCCUUGACAUCCUGAUGCUGCGGAUUUGUACCCGAUACACCCCUGAGCAGGACACGAUGACAUUCUCGGACGGGCUUACCCUGACCAGGACCCAGAUGCACAACGCAGGGUUUGGGCCCCUCACCGACCUUGUGUUCGCCUUCGCGGGGCAGCUCCUGCCCCUACAGCUCGAUGACACUGAGACAGGGCUGCUUAGUGCCAUCUGCCUCAUCUGUGGAGACCGGAUGGAGCUGGAGCAGCCCCGGCGCGUGGAGCGGCUGCAGGAGCCGCUGCUUGAGGCUCUCCGGGUUUACGCGCGGCGGCGACGGCCACGGCAACCGCAGCGAUUUCCCCGAAUGCUGCUCAAAAUCACUGACCUGCGCGGCAUCAGCACCAAGGGUGAGACCCUCGGGACCCCCAAACCAAUACACCCCCCCGAAAAGGUACAGCCCCUCCUGACAGCCCAACACCCCUGGGACACCCUGAAAACCCACCCCAACCCCAGUGCUUCUCCCAAGUGCUCAAAAUCACCAACCUGCAUGGCAUCAGCACCAAGGGUGAGACCCCUGGGACUGCCCUUAGACAGGAACAGCCCCCAGAGGCCCCCUGGGACCCCUCUGAGCCCCUUUGACCCCCAAAUCCCCCAAACACCUCCUCUCAACACCCCAGAAUUGUUCUCUGGGACCUCCCCAAGCCUCAUUUUGAGGGGGGAGGUCUAAGGUAUUGGAGGGGGACUGUCCAAGGUUUUGGGGGAUUCAAGGUUUUGCAGGAGGGGGAGUUGAAACUCUCAGGCGGUG